GGGCGUUACCGUUCUUCUUUUGCAUAGUAAGCUGCAGCUUCAAAAAUGCAAAAUUCAAAUCCUUUCAACAUGGCGGACUCUGAAAAGCAAGGUCCUUCCCUAAAGUAUAUAUAAGAGACUAAAGCAAUUAUGCACUAUACAAACACAUACAGUAUAUGGGUAUUAUAUAUAUAAUUUCAGACAACACAACCCUACUAAGCACACCGGAACGUUUGUGAUGUCCUUAUUCUGUAGAUAAUUUGUUUGCACAGCUGGUGAUCUUCCUACUUUGGAGUGUCGCUUGCACUGUCGCCAUCCUGCCUGUGCAGCUUCUGUGAGAACUGGAAGGUGUUGAAUGACUUGUCUAUUGGAGAAGGCGAGUUUUGGACUCCACCUCUGGGAACCUGUCAGCUUAAGUCACAACAGUGUUUGGGAUUCAGAAAGAUGUGGGUGAUACGAUGUUUGGAUCUCCUCCCAUGGUACUUUUAACCAAGAAAGAGUGGCAAAGAAGGAAGGAUGAGUAGAAGACAUCAGCGUCUUUCAGAGGAUCAUAACUUCAAUCUUUAAUCGUCCUUUGCUGCUUUUUGUGGAACUCUAGGCUGAUUGCACUAAUCUUGUAUAUUUAAAUUUCCCACUGGGAGAGCCUGCAGAUCUUGUUUCCAGCACGGUUUGCAGUCAUGGUUGCAGUGAACAGUGAUGUAGCUUUACGUUUGGUGUCACAGUGGGACUCAACUGUCAACUGUUUGCCAUUUAACCAGUGCACAGCAGCAAAGAGUUUCUAAUCCAAACCUGGUGAAGUUGACGCGUCGCUUGAUGCUGCAGUUUUGGGACACUCUAACAAUGGCUAAACCCAACGUUAACCCCUUCAGUCCUCCAAUGAUGACAAAGGCACAUUGGAGGAAACCCUUACAUGGCAACAGAAUGGAUGAACAGAGAUGCGCCUUCCCUCCCCCACUCAAGACUGAGGAGGACUACAUUCCAUACCCAAGUGUUCACGAGGUGUUGGGCAGAAGAAGCCCCUUUCCUCUCAUCCUCCUGCCUCAGUUUGGUGGAUAUUGGAUUGAGGGGACCAACCAUGAGCUGAGUGAUGCUCUGGACUCAGAGCAGGUGCAGCCUCUGUCCCCAAACAGCCGCACCAAGCUGGAAUGUAACACAACAGCCACACUCUACCGGAAACACUUCCUGGGCAAGGAACACUUUAAUUACUAUUCAGUGGACGGUGCCCUCGGACACAUGGUGUUCUCCCUUAAGUAUGAUGUGAUCGGUGGCCAGGAACAUCUCCGGCUAAUGCUCCGGACCAAACUGAAAACCUACCAUGAUGUGAUCCCCAUUUCCUGUUUGACAGAAUUUCCUAAUGUGGUGCAAAUGGCCAAGCUUGUCUGUGAAGAGGUCAACGUGGACCGCUUUUUUCCUGUCCUGUAUCCAAAAGCUUCGAGACUUAUAGUCACCUUCGAUGAACAUGUUAUCAGCAACAAUUUCAAAUUCGGGGUCGUCUAUCAAAAGUUUGGACAGACUUCAGAGGAAGAGCUGUUUGGCAACAGUGAAGAGAGUCCUGCCUUUGUAGAAUUCCUGGCGUUUUUAGGAGAAAAAAUUGAGCUGCACAACUUUAAAGGUUUCCGCGGGGGGUUAGACGUGACUCAUGGACAGACCGGCACAGAGUCUAUCUACUGCAACUACCGCAACAAAGAGGUCAUGUUCCAUGUGUCCACAAAGCUGCCUUACACAGAGGGGGACACCCAACAGUUACAGAGGAAGAGGCACAUAGGGAAUGAUAUCGUGGCCAUCAUAUUCCAAGAAGAAAACACUCCGUUUGUACCAGACAUGAUCGCCUCCAACUUUCUCCAUGCCUACGUCGUGGUCCAAGUGGUCAACCCAUGUUCUGACGAUGUUCUCUACAAGGUGUCGGUGACUGCACGGGAUGACGUACCUUUCUUUGGCCCAGCCCUCCCAAACCCUGCCUUCUUCAAAAAGGGCCCCGAAUUCCAUGAUUUCCUUUUUACGAAGCUCAUCAAUGCUGAGUAUGCCUGCUACAAAGCUGAGAAAUUUGCCAAAUUAGAGGAGCGGACACGGUCAGCUUUGUUAGAGACGCUGUAUGAGGAGCUUCAUGUGAACAGCCAGGCCAUGAUGGGAGUUGGAGGAGAGGACGACAAACUUGAAAAUGGGAGUGGAGGAGGAGGGGGAUUUUUUGAGUCCUUCAAGCGAGUGAUCCGCAGCAGGAGCCAGUCUAUGGACGCCACGGGUUUUACUUUCAAGAAGCCACACACAGUCUCCACUAGCCUGAGUGCCAGCUUAUCCCACAACCCUGCAGAGAGCCCCAAAUUCCCAGGGAUAUCAUUGCUUGUUCCAGGCAAAAGUCCCAGUAAAUAUGGACGUCGAGGCAGUGCCAUAGGGAUAGGAACAGUAGAAGAGUCUUUGAUAAUCCCGGGUAAAAGCCCGACAAGGAAAAGAUCUGGUCCUUUUAGCGCCAGGCGAAGCAGUGCCAUCGGUAUUGAAAACAUUCAAGAGGUCCAGGAGAGGAGUAGAGAGAACUCACCAAACACCCAGAAGACGCCAGACAGUGGUCACGUGUCUCAAGACCCCAAAUCUGACAAUUCGUCCAAUCAGAGUUCUCCGGAAGUUCUCACCGCUGCUAAGAACAGGGCCCCGUCCAUCCCUGAGGGUCAAGACCUCUCCCGCUCAUCCUCCAACGCCAGCAGCUUCGCCAGCGUGGUGGAGGAAAAUGAGACGGAGGCGACAGAAGACUACGACACGGGCAUGGAGAGUUUGUCUUCUGCAGGGACGCCACACAAGCGAGACUCCUUCACCUACAGCAACUGGAUGGAGGACAGCAUCAGCAGCGCCAGCACUGCUAGUUGUGGGAGCUCCCCAGGGCCUGGUAAACCAGAGCGAGGAAAGGGGACCGACAUUCGAAUCAAACUGGAACGACCUUAUGAUCAUCAGUCCUCGUCGCAUUCCCAUAAGCCACAGUCCUUCUGGGAGAUGAGACAAGUGCAGGUGCUCGCCAUGGCCAGUGAUGAGAAGGAAGAUGAUGAGGAAGAUUAAAUGGAGGAGAAAUUGCAGGUGGAGCCUGGCCAUAGCCUGCUUCUCAACGAGCGAACCGGGGAGAAAAUACAGAAACCUGAAUGACACUGGAGAGAAUGACGCACAAAGAGGGGCCAGCUUUUGCACAGUGUUGUUUCCUUCCACUCUUUUCUUUGCCUGUUCACACACCUGAUGCCUCGUCGUAUGUUUGUUUGUUUGUUUGUUUGUGUUUUAAACCUGAUCUUUGUGUCAAAACCUCACAUUUUAUUUACAAUUGUUUUAGUUGUAAAAGAUGUUGACCCUGGUUUAGUUUCUCUUGUUAAUGGCAGCGUGUGUGGGCUAUACAGGGUUAAGAUGGUGCCAUUGAUGUCUCUGUUGGGAUGAACGUAACAAGAUCACUGUUUGGAUGCUUUUAACCAGUGAACAAAGGUUUUUAACUCAAUUAAGUUCCUCAGUGAUUACAUAAUACCAAAUAUUCAGCAUCAAAUAAGAGUAUUUUUCCCAUUAAAUAUCCAGUGUGAUAUGUAAUCGUUCUGUCUCGAUGCUUAAAUGUGGUAGGACUCUAUAGCUGCAGCUUAACAGUUGUGCUUUUUUUCAACUCGACGACCCAAAACGCCAUGAGAUUAGAUUUCAAACAUAUCACCACACGUCACAGCAAAGGUAGAAAUGUAUUAUAAAAACUAUAAAGAUGAAAAUGCCUUAAAGCUUAAACAUUGUUUUUACCUCACUUCUUUGACACACGUGUUCUGCAGCCAAUCAUAAAGUAUUCAUUUGAAAUGAAAACGUAUAUAUGUACUGAACCCUUUUUUUGUUUUUUUUUUAAGCACACUAGAGUCUCUAGAGAAAUUGUGGUGCAAUGCAACGACGCUGUCAGUAUAGUCUGCU